AUGCUUUUAAUAAAGAAACCAAAGUAUUACAUGUAUGUUCUUUUAAUAAAUCGAUCGACAUCAGUAACUGGAGAAACCAAUAAAAUUCCUAUUUGCCCAUUCGCAAAAAAAAGCUCAUUCACAAUUUCAUAUGAAGGUUUUCAAAAAAGGUUAUUAAGUAAUAAUAACUUUUUAAAUCAAAAUAACAUUCUUCUAGUUCAUAGCUUUCUAACCAUUUCUUCUCAACAAGAUUUUAUAUUUGAUUCAUUAGAUGCAAAUAAGCAGGCAUUUAUAGAAUGUAUCAAAGUCAUUGAAGCUAAUAUAGAAGAUAUUAUUAUUAAUAAGGCCAAUGAAAAAGAAAAAAAAUGGUGGAUUGAUGGAAAUUACAAAUUUAUUGAUGAAAACAGAUUGCCUUUAAUUCUUAUGGAAAAUGUAACCUACGAUGAGUUUGAAAAAAAGUGUGAAAAGGCAACUGCAUCAAAGUUCUGGGAAUAUAGAGACAAAAAUGUAAUUAUAAUUGAGCUUCCAAAGGGGGAUUAUGAAGUAGCACAUAGAGAAUUUAUUAGACAAUUUAUACGUCAGGAUCCUCAGGAUAUAGUUAGAGAUAUAGGAUCAAAAAGAUUUAAAGGAUCCAAAGGAUCUAGCAAACAGGCAGAUGUUUCACUUGUUCCAAAAUAUUUGCCUAAUCUGCCUAAAUAUCUAAGUGAUUCUGAGUGUUAUAAAUUCUGUCGCCGAACAAGCCCUAAAGAUGUGUGUGGAAAUUAUCAACCAAUACAAGUGAUUGAAUUUGGAACAAUUAAUUCAGAUGGGAAUCCAUAUUAUGGAUGUUCUACUCUAGGAAGUUGCACCUUAAGUAUUUCUCCACAUUGUAUUUAUAAAGGCUGUACUUAUCCAUAUCCUCUUACGGAUGAUGUAGUCAUUGAUUUAUUUAGCAUCCAGCAGGAAAUAUUUGCAGUUAUGAAGAAAGAUGUUAUUAGGAAAGAUAUUAUUAGGAAAGUUGUUAUUAGGAAAGAUGUUAUUAGGAAAGAUGUUAUGAAGAAAAAUGUUAUGAAGAAAGGAGUUAUGAAAAAAAGAUUUAUAAAGAAAAAGUGA